UGCGCGUCUAAUGUAACAAGAUGGCGGAGAGUGCGGAACUGAAGCAAAUGGUAAUGAGCCUUCGAGUUUCAGAGCUCCAAGUGCUGUUGGGGUAUGCAGGACGUAAUAAGCACGGACGCAAACAUGAACUAUUGACCAAAGCCCUCCAUCUACUGAAGGCUGGAUGCAGUCCAGCUGUGCAGAUGAAGAUCAAAGAACUCUAUAGACGACGCUUCCCAACCAAAAUGGUUUCGCCAGUGGACAUGGCUCUGCCUGGUGUUCAUUCUGCCUCCAGCCUUCCCGCUGGCCUUGCUCAGCUGGGAUUCGACAGCCACGGUUCCCCUUCGCCUCUGCUGCCUGUGUCUUUACUCGGGCCUAAGCAUGAGCUGAGCCUGCCUCACCUUCCCUCUGCCCUGCACCCUGUACACCCAGAUGUCAAGCUUCAGAGAUUGCCAUUCUAUGAUGUGCUGGAUGAGCUCAUUAAGCCAACCAGUCUUGCCUCAGACAACAGUCAGCGGUUCCAGGAAGCAUGUUACGCCUUCGCAUUAACACCACAGCAAGUUCAACAGAUCAGUAGCUCCAUGGACAUAUCUGGGACCAAAUGUGACUUUGCUGUUCAAGUCCAGCUAAGAUUCUGUUUAUCAGAGACGAGCUGUCCCCAGGAGGAUCACUUCCCCCCAAAUCUGUGUGUGAAGGUCAACGGCAAACCCUGUAAUCUCCCGGGAUAUCUCCCUCCUACCAAAAAUGGAGUUGAACCAAAAAGGCCCAGUCGCCCCAUCAAUAUAACCUCUCUAGUCCGACUGUCCACCACAGUCCCCAACACGAUCGUGGUUUCCUGGACUUCAGAAAUUGGGAGGAGUUUUUCCAUGGCUGUUUAUUUAGUAAGACAGCAGUCGUCUGCAGUGUUGUUGCAAAGACUACGGGCCAAAGGAAUUAGAAACCCCGAUCACUCGAGAGCUCUGAUCAAAGAGAAACUAACUGCUGAUCCAGAAAGUGAGAUCGCCACCACCAGUCUACGAGUGUCUCUCCUGUGUCCUCUGGGGAAGAUGAGGCUUACAAUCCCCUGCAGAGCGUUGACAUGCUCUCACCUUCAGUGCUUCGACGCUACACUUUAUAUCCAAAUGAAUGAGAAGAAGCCGACGUGGGUGUGUCCAGUCUGUGACAAGAAGGCGCCGUAUGAGCACCUCAUAAUUGACGGGUUAUUCAUGGAAAUCUUGAGUAGCUGUUCUGAUUGUGAUGAAAUCCAGUUCAAAGAAGAUGGAAACUGGUCACCUAUGAGGUCAAAGAAGGAGGUCCAGGAGGUGUCUGCUUCCUACAAUGGUGUAGACAGCGAUUCGUCUCGGACGGAUUCACACGAGACGAAGCGGGGAUCUAAUGACAAUGGGAAGAAAUUUGAUGUGAUUGACCUGACCCUGGAUAGCUCCUCGGAAGACGAGCUUGAUGAUGAGCCGCCUCUUAAGAGAGCCUGUCCCUCACUGUCACCUGUCUCUCCGCCUCCAAACAAAGGAGUACUGAACCUACACAGCCAGGCCUCGCCUGUGUCCAGAGCUCCCAGCAUGCCCCCCGUGGAGACCAGCUACAUUCCUCCCCCUCCACCUCUCAUCCAGGACUACCGCCACUAUUACCACUCUACUAGUGACCUUCCAGAUUUAAACUUCUUCUCCUUCCUCCAAGGCGACAAUCAUCAGCAUUACAACAUGGUGAUGGCUGCCGCCGCAGCUGCUUCAGCGUCAGAGGACCCUGACCUGCUCCUCAACCGCUUCCUGCCGUACGGCUCCUCUCAGAUGUUGAGGGAGCAGCCGGGGACCCCUGGGAGCAGCACGCUGGCAGCCACCAACGGAGGCAGCAACAGCGGCAGCACCAGUAGUUUGGUUUCGUCCAGCAGUCUACGGGAUCGGGACAAAGACAGAGACAGCCACUCCAUCUCAGGAUUGUCGCGGUCCUCGGUGGAAGCUGCAGCAGCUGCCAUUUAUGGAUCCAUGUCUGACGUUAUCUCUCUUGACUAGAUCCACACAGAACUGAAUGACAAGGGAGACCUCGACACAGGAGCUCUUUGUAAAUAAGGAAGAGGAAGAAGAAAGAAUACAGUGCUAUGUACAGAGAGGAAAAUCUAUUUUCAAUUUUACUUAUCAUAUGUAUAUAAACUUAGGACGCUUCUUGUCCAGUGAGUUACUUCAGUUGAUAUUUUUCUGUGAAGACUGAAGACUUUUUCACACCUCUUCAUGUGGUCCUUCGAUUAUAUUGUACCUUUUGUACCUGGUUUUUACAGUUUUGUUUAAUAUUUCAUGUCAAUGGCAUUAUUUCAGUCAACUAUAAUGUGCACAGCACCCAAUGAGGUGACACCUCAUGGAACAUUGUCUUUAGAAUAUAAAGAAAAUGGGCAUUGUAAUAGUAACUUAUACAAAUGGCAAGAGACAGCAAAACAGGAACAUGUGUUUCACUUUAUUUUCUAAAUGGCACCAUUUUCGUCCAAUGUUUUGACAGCAGAAAGAUCAAGUGAUUUUUGGCAUCACUGUAGAUUUUUCUGUAGGACAUUCAUGCUGUGGUCAUAUUAUUUGAAAGAAUUAUUUAUAGUGUAAGUUAUGUUUGAUGUAUGCUGUUUUUUUUAAAGAAGCAUUCCCUUUGCCUCUAGGAACUGUUGCCACUAGAAAUACCAGAAGCAAACGCUAGAUCCUUCUGUUGUCAUAACUCUGCACUCUACGCAUUUUUCAGUCCAAUCAAAUUGAAUAUGAACUACAUUGUACAGUUUACACUGUACUGGAAAAUACAUCUGAAUUGGGAAUGUAUCAGUGUUGUAAUGCCAGGCUUUUUCAGUGUGUGAAUGAAUUAUACACAAUCAGACCUUGUAUGUGCAUCUAACAAAUGCCAUAUAGUGACAUUUUCUUUUAAACUACAGAUGUCUCAUUUGAAAAGUUACGCCUAAAGAUGAAAGUUAAGUGGCUAGAAGUCAUCCAAGAAAUUCUCUUCCAUUUUCGCGACAAGGCUAGUUUCUGGUCCACUUUUGGUAAAUCUUUAACUGAAAGGCUGAGAAUUGUUAAGUGGGUGCAAAUGGAUUAAAAAAAAUCAUCCUGACUUUGUUUGAUUUUAGCCUCUGCUGUUUUUACUUUAAACGCUAAGUGGAGCAGUGAAGCAUUCACAGUUGCAGUAAACGCUUAAAGAAUAGUUUUCAGCUUAGCAUGUCUGCAAAUGACCUGAAAGCUUGUUAUUUAAGUCCUAUGCUGUUCCUUAGUGAGUAGCUUUUUAUUUGUUAAGUGUGGCCUAUUUGCAACAGCCUCUAAGUGAACUGUGAUAGCUUGAUCUCUGACCGGAUCACCAAACACAUUUUGCCCCCGAAGUGAAAACAAUUGAAGUUAAUACGGACGCCUCCCCUCCCUUUUUUUUUUCUGGACUUGUGCUUAUAAUUAGAAUUAUUUAUUAUCAUAUAUAUUUUCAGCAUUUGUUUGAUUUGUGGAUAUGCAUUGCUGUCACUGUAUGUGAUCUUUCUUUUGUAAUUAUAUAAUUAAUGCUAUUUAAAGAUGUCAUUGUUGCUUGACAUGCAUUGUAACAUUUUCUGUUCCUCUGUCCGUUUUACUAUCAGAUGAUGUCAAUAACUCAAUAGAGGCUUUGAGCAUUUUGAACCGCUUCAAGGUCUACUGUGCUGUUUGAUAUUUCUAAGAAUAAAACAAGAUAUAAGAAAGUG